UCAAAAAUGAGGUGUUUACGUGUGUUGUCAUUACAAGAAUACAAUAUAACUAAUUUGCCUGAUUGGAUAGGUAAUUUGAAACAUUUGCGCUAUUUAGAUCUAUCUUACACGUUGAUUAAAAAAUUACCUGAAUCAAUAUGUUGUUUGUACAAUUUACAAACGAUGAUCUUUAGAGGAUGUUCAAAUCUUAUUGAAUUGCCUUCAAAGAUGGGGAAAUUGAUUAAUUUGCGUUAUCUUGAUAUUUCUAAAUGUUAUUCAUUGAAAGAAAGGUCAAGUCAUGGCAUUAGUCAAUUAAAAUGUUUACAGAAAUUGCCUUGUUUUAUUGUGAGCCAAAAGAGUGGAUUAAGAAUUGGAGAAUUGAGGAAGCUUUUAGAGAUUCGAGAAACACUUUAUAUUUCAAACGUGAACAAUGUGGUGAGUGUUAACGAUGCAUUACAAGCUAAUAUGAAGGAUAAGAGUUAUCUUGAUGAGGUAAUAUUGGAUUGGGAAUCGGAAUUGGAAUCGGAAUCGGAAUUCGAAUCAGAAUCAGAAUCGGAAUCGGAAUCGGUUAUAGAUGGUGGUAUUACACAAUAUGAUGCUACAACUGAUGACAUACUCAACCAGUUACAACCUCAUCCAAAUUUAAAACAACUCUCCAUCAAAAACUAUCCUGGUGUAAGAUUUCCAAAUUGGCUUGGAGAUCCUUCAGUCUUGAAACUCGUGUCCCUUGAGCUUCGGGGUUGUGGCAAUUGCUCAACAUUGCCACCACUUGGGCAGCUAACCCAUCUUAAAUAUCUACAGAUCUCACGAAUGAGUGGAGUAAAGUGUGUGGAUGGUGAGUUUCAUGGGAAUACUUCCUUCCGAUCCCUAGAGACACUAUCAUUUGAGGGUAUGCUGAACUGGGAGAAAUGGUUAUGGUGUGGAGAAUUCCCUCGUCUCCGAAAGCUUUCUAUACGGUGGUGUCCCAAACUCACUGGGAAAUUACCAGAACAACUUCUUUCUUUGGAGGGACUUGUAAUUGUUAAUUGUCCACAGUUGCUUAUGGCUUCAAUUACGGUUCCUGCCGUCCGUGAAUUAAAGAUGGUGGAUUUUGGCAAAUUGCAGUUGCAAAUGCCAGCUUGUGACUUCACAACUCUUCAACCUUUUGAAAUUGAAAUUUCAGGCGUGUCUCGGUGGAAGCAACUUCCAAUGGCACCACACAAGCUCUCAAUCAGAAAAUGUGAUUCUGUGGAGUCUCUAUUAGAGGAGGAAAUCUCGCAAACCAUUAUACAUGAUUUGAAUAUUCGUGAUUGUUGUUUUUCUAGAUCCCUAUACAAAGUUGGUUUACCUACUACUUUGAAAUCGCUAUCAAUCUCUCGGUGUUCCAAACUAGAGUUUCUCCUACUUGAGCUGUUCAGAUGCCAUCUCCCAGUCCUUGAAAGCCUACGCAUCCGUAGGGGUGUUAUCGGUGAUUCUCUCUCGUUAUCCCUCUCAUUAGGCAUCUUCCCCAAGUUGACUGAUUUCACAAUCCAUGGUCUUAAGGGGCUUGAGAAGCUCUCCAUUUUGAUUUCAGAGGGUGAACCCACAUCUUUACGUUCCUUGUAUCUAGCAAAGUGCCCUGAUCUUGAAUCUAUCGAAUUGCCCGGUCUUAACUUGAAGUCUUGUCAGAUCUCUAGUUGUUCCAAGCUCAGGUCGUUGGCACACACGCACUCAUCUAUACAGGAGCUGGAUUUAUGGGAUUGUCCAGAAUUGUUGUUUCAGAGAGAGGGUUUGCCUUCCAACCUGUGUGAACUUCAAUUUCAAAGGUGUAACAAACUCACGCCUCAGGUAGAUUGGGGUUUGCAAAGGUUGACCUCUCUUACACGUUUAAGAAUGGAAGGUGGAUGUGAAGGCGUUGAAUUAUUUCCCAAGGAGUGUCUGCUGCCCUCUUCUCUAACUUCUCUUGAAAUUGAAGAGCUUCCCAAUCUCAAGUCUCUUGACAGCGGGGGACUUCAACAACUCACCUCUCUUCUAAAUUUAAAGAUCAUAAACUGCCCAGAGCUCCAGUUCUCGACAGGAUCGGUUCUUCGACACCUUAUCGCUCUCAAAGAAUUACGAAUUGAUGAAUGUCCAAGGCUCCAAUCCCUGACAGAAGUGGGUCUUCAACACCUCACAUUUCUUGAAAUAUUGCAUAUCAAUAGGUGCCAUGAGCUCCAAUACUUGACAGAAGUGGGUUUUCAACAUCUCACCUCUCUUGAAACAUUGCAUAUCUACAAUUGCCCUAAGCUCCAAUACUUGACAAAACAGAGACUGCAAGGCUCCUCGGGUCUUCAACACCUCAUCUCUCUCAAACAAAUCCGAAUCAUGGACUGCCCAAUGCUCCAAUCAUUGACAAAAGAGGGUCUUCAACACCUCAUCUCUCUUAAAACAUUGGACAUCAUAGACUGCCGUAAGCUCAAAUACUUGACAAAAGAGAGACUUCCAGACUCCCUCUCUUUUCUGCGUCUCAGCAGGUGUCCUUUACUGGAAACACGAUGUCAAUUUGAGAAAGGGAAAGAAUGGCGUUAUAUAGCUCACGUUCCAAAAAUAGUGAUCAAUGGUGUGCUAUUUUAAUCAAAGUGGCACUAAACCAAUAUACAGUCAGGUAGUCAGCUUCAAGCCUAAAACAAAUAUUGAAGAGAAGGAGAGAAGGAUGGUCUUAUUCUAAUGAGAGCAAACUCAAGGACGAAUUCUAGUUAGCUGCUUUAUUAGUGAGUAAUUUAAAAAAAAGAAGUUUUUUUUUUGUGUGUGCUAACCAAGUGGACCUCUUCAGAAGGAAGUGGAAUCUGAAGAAAGGAUAGAUUGUUCAGAUUUUGGGAGGGUGUGGGGUGUGUUUGCUGUGGAGGAAGGGAGAUUUCUGGGUGCUGAACAAUUGAUGCUCAUUACUCUGUUCAUUAUGAAUAAGAAACUCAGAGGCAUAAGGAUCAGUUUCAGCCAUGUCAAAAGCAAAAAGAAAAGCUGAAGCUGAAGAUAUCAUGAACAGAGGAAUUUCUAUUGAAACUAGUCCAAAUUAUGGUACUCUUUGUCACCCAGCUUCUUAAGAAAUUGCUGCUUCGCCCAUGGCAAGGUUAACAAUCCCCCUGGCCUAGGCUCUAAUCCAUGGCAAGCUUUCUCUAAGGUGCCCAGACAACAAUAGCAAGUCUGUUAGGACCAGAAAUGGCCAUCACAACAAACCAGCCACAGAAUCAACUUCUGGCCCUGAAACUUGGGGUUUUGGAACACAGAGUUUUACAGCCACCCCUGCUGCCAGCUCUAAUAUUUCCAAGCCCCCCGUUGGAGGCAAUAAUGUCCACCUGUUUGGUGACUCAAAGAAGAUUGAGGGCAAGCUGGCUCCUCAACCUGCUGAAUGGGCUGUUUUCUUACUUAUUUGGUGAGGUUAUAACAUCGUUGGCACUUCUGGUCAUAAGAGAUGAGAAUAGGUAAAAAGGCAAAACAAAAAGGGAUAUAUGGCUUUCUGGCCUUGGUUAUGCUACUGAGUAUUGAGUGUUUGCCUUAUGCAAUAGAAUACAACAUCUGCAUAUGUUCCUUGGUUUCCAUGGACUACUUACAAAUGUAUACUGUUCUGAAUGCCUCGAUUUUCAGGUUAGAAAAAUAGUAGUUUCUUUUAAUAUUGUCCUGUCUGUGACCUUAUCCUCCUGCUUCUAUUUUUCCAUGUAUUUUUGUUUAAUCCGUGAAAAUCUUAUAUCAUAUAUCAUUUGUAUUUGUUACAUGCAUGCCUUCCUAAUCAUUUUCUGUCAAGAGCCUCAUUUUUGUUUUAAUUAGAUCAACCAAUUUUGUGGCAUUGUAAUGAGAAAAUCUUUCUACUACAAAUGGAAAAUCAAGCCUUAGAAAUUGAAAGAUGAUCUAUGACUCAUGUUUGUCUCCCUUCACAGAGCUAUGAUUUCAAAGUCAUUAAAGAUACCAAUCCCCAUCAGCCUCAAUCAGAGCUUAAGGAGUGUGUUAGACUGUCACCAUUGAUCGCCUAAGUCCAAAGGUAUUCUAUUCAGGGAAGAGGAAAUAGAAAAAAUAGCAGCUCUUGAUGUAUUUUGAUUUUGAGCAAGGCUUUCUUGAUGUAUACUCUGAUAUAUUGCCCAAAUUAAUCCAGAUGAUUUUCUUGAUUGGGAAGGUGACUUUUCCUCCAAGGUAGAGGAUAGAUUGUUCUGAUUUUUGUAGAGUUUUUCCAGUGAAGGAAUUGGAGGAAGGGCAGAUUCCUGGGUGCUGAACUAUUGAUGUUCAUUGCUCUGUUCAAGAAGAACAAGAAACUGAGUAGAAGUUUCAGGCUAGUCAAAAGCAAAGGAAAAGCUGAAGCUGAAGAUAUCAUGCACAAAAACAGGGGAGUUUCCAUUGAAACUAGUCCAAAUAAUGAUUGAACCCUGGCGUUGAGCUGAUGCUUCAUAAAGUGUUAUUAUAAGAGAUAUAGGCUGCCCGAGUGGUCUGAAUAUACCCCCAUAGUCCCUCUGAUGCCUGUACACAAGUCCUCGGGCACCUCCGAAAAGGAAGCUUGAUAAAGAGCCAUUGUGCAUAAACUCAUACACCAGAAGUCAGUGUUCACCCUCACAGCAGUAACCCAGCAAGUAUCGUAGAUUCUUAUGCAACAGAAUUUCCAGAACCUGAUGGUAAUAUCCCUUUAUAGACAGUGCCAAAGGCUUCUACCAUCGCUUGUACUCACGAUUCUGUGAUAAAGCUGCAGAUUUUUGAGGUUCAAGCAGUAGAAUACUAGAGAAUUGCAACGACAGAAGUGAAGAAGAACAGAGGGGCCCAGGACUUACAGAGGAUUAGAAUUGCUUUAUUUUGCUUGCCUCUGCCUGAAGUUAGUUCACUGAACUUCAAUAUCUUGAUUAGGGCACUUCUGGCAACAGCAGUUUGAUCCAACCUCCCAUUUGAAAGAGGUAGUCUUUUCCUCCAACAGCCUCCAGUUCCAUUGGCAAAACUCAGGUCCUCAAAAAUAGCAACUGCACAGUAGGUUCCAACACCCAAUCCCUGGGUUGGCAAUAUGAUAUUAGUUGGGUGGUUGAAGCUCUCCAUAUACUGGUAUUCAAUUUCCAUCUCCAAGCAUGGCACCAUGCACUGCUUCGCUGCUCAUAUUACCAGUCUUUGUCUUCCAUAUCUCUUUGCCUCCAUGGAGAACAAGGUGCCCAUUGGUGGUAAGCUCAACUUUUGAUCCUCUUGGCACCGAUUAACUUCCAUUUGCAGUCCAGAUAGCAAGAAGGAAUAGAUACUUUUCACUUGGAGAGGGUCGGAAUCCAAAUGCAAAAUCACCAGAAGGCGAAGCCCAUGUAGAGUUGGUAUCAGUGGCAUAGAGAGAUGAACCCAAGCUUAUAUUACUAUAAGCUUGGCUGAUGAGUAACAAGUAGAGGUAGAGAGACUAUGAAUGUAAGUUAUUAUGUGAAUAAUUGGUCACCCAACUGGUUUUCUCUGCAUGUUAAGUGAGUUGAAAAAGUCCAGUGAAUAUUAUUUUCUUC